UUUCUUUGAUCUUGACGCCGCGCACGACGUCGACGGCGACGUGCAAGCCAUCAUGGCCAGCGUCAACGGCCAUUUCUCUUCUGCUGACGACAUGAAAUCUCACCUUCUGAGUCUUCUUGAUAGCAAGGAACAACAGCUACGGCAAGCCGCGACCUUUAGCCAGCGGGUUCUCGCCCAACGAAUGGAACUUGAGGAUCGUAUCCGGCAGCUUCAGGAGGUCGAAGCUGACAAGACAGACGAUGAAGACGUUGAACCUGAGGCGGUACAGAAAUACCAGGAGCUUACUGACAUGAUGAUGAGCUGGGAUACGGAGAAUGCAUUACUUUCAAGUGCAUUCAACAAUAGAACGUUCUGCUAUUACCGUCUCCGAGUUACCUCGAGACGAACCGGAACGUUCACGUACUUCAACCAAUACAUCCGCUGCACAAUCUCGACGGGCCAAGAAUACUGCACAUCGUGCCGAUGACGUCGAGUUUGCCUUUGAAAUUGGCAGUGGCCUUCUCAAUGAAGUACGACGACUUCAAAGUCUUCUCGGUGACCGAGAGAAGGCCAUUCAGGACAUGACAGAGAAGAAGGACGAUCUUGAUGGUACAUUGGAGUCACUUCGAACCGCUCUCAAGCAGCAAGAAGCAAGUGCCGACAAGUACAAAGAAGAGAACUGGAAUCUCGAAGUUAGCCUCCAGGACCUCCACACCCAACAUGCCGAUACCCAAUCCACCGUUCAGCGCCUUGAUUCAGAACAAAAGCGGCUCACGAAGCUUCUCGCUGCCUCCCAUGACGCUUCCGAGCAGUACAAAAAUGAAAAUGCCCAGCUUCAAAGUACCAUCAAAGACCUCAUAGCAAAGCACGAAACUGACGUGGCUUUGGCACGCAAGCAUUUCGCGGCUUUGGCGCACGAUCAGAGCGAUUUGCAACAGGCCAUAGAUAGGCUCGAAACAGAGAAGGAAAGGGCUGGCAGAAAGUUUGGUGGGUUCGGAAGCCCGGCGACACCUAACACCACCGAGGGACGUCCAGAUGAGAACUAUGGGUACGGACUUUGGACUGAAUUAGUUGCUGUGGCUAUAGUGUUAUUACUUGUUAUAUUUGCAGGGUACUGUACCAUUUCGAUCAAUUCGAAUGGACUGUGACGCGUGACCUUCCAGGACUAGUUCCCUUCGAAUAACUAAUAGGCCUGCCAUGACUGGAACAUGUGCACAAAAUUUGAAUGACUGACCAAAUAUUAUGUUAUAUUUUAUGUAAAUAUUGUCAAUUUGUACUUCUGUACAGCAUAAAUUACUCAUAAACAUGCCUGGAG